ACCUCUGCAGGACUGCCCCUGAGGUUGGCGGCAGCAGAUGUGUGCUGACCACGGAGUGGGGGCAGGCUGGUCUGACGGGCUCGGAGGGCCUGUGCGUACGUACGCCCGCCCGCCCAUGGUGCCGACUCACGUUGGGUGAGCGCCCCGGGGGAACUCGAGGACUGAACCGGCAGCUUGACUCUCCUCCGGCGCAUCCCUCCCCCAAAAUGCCUCUGGAGUGGCUGAUGGGGUGGAGCGGGUCCCUCGACAGGCUGAGGGACGUCAUCGGCACGGGGAUCCAGGGUGUCCGGGACUGCAACACCACCGCACUGGGCACCGUGGCCUUCCUCCUCGCCAUGUUUGUGUGGUACUGCUACCACGUUGGGCGUGAGCAGCCCCGGGCGUACGUCACGGUGAACUCUCUCAUGCAGGGCGUCGACGUCGGCAGCCUGCAGAACGGCUACGCCCACUGCCACUCGCCAGAGUGCGUGCGCUGCGCCCACAGCGACGGCCUGAACCAGAAACUGUACCACAACCUGCAGGAGUACGCCAAGCGCUACUCCUGGUCGGGCAUGGGCCGGAUCCACAAGGGCAUCCGCGAACAGGGCCGCUACCUGACCAGCCGGCCCUCCAUCCAGAAGCCGGAAGUCUUUUUCUUGCCCGACCUGCCCAGCUCCCCCUACUUCUCCCGGGAGGCUCAGAAGCACGACGUGGAGCUGCUGGAGAGGAACUUCCCGACCAUCCUGUGCGAGUUUGAGGCCCUCUACAAGGCCUUCUCCAACUGCAGCUUGCCCCAGGGCUGGAAGGUCAACAGCACGCCCAGCGGGGAGUGGCUGACCUUCUUCCUGGUCAACCAGGGCACCUGCGUGCCCCGGAACUGUCGGAAGUGCCCCCGGACGUACCGCUUGCUGGGCAGCCUCCGCACCUGCGUGGGCAACAACGUCUUUGGGAACGCCUGCAUCUCUGUGCUGACCCCCGGCACGGUCAUCGCCGAACACUACGGCCCCACCAACAUCCGCAUCCGCUGCCACUUGGGUCUGAAGACCCCCAGCAACUGUGAACUGGUGGUGGGAGGGGAGCCGCAGUGCUGGGCCGAAGGGCGCUGCCUGCUCUUUGACGACUCCUUCCUGCACACGGCGUUCCACGGAGGUUCCCCCGAAGAAGGCCCCCGCGUUGUCUUCAUGGUGGACCUCUGGCAUCCAAACGUCGCCGCGGCCGAGCGCCAGGCCCUCGAUUUUAUUUUUGCUCCAGGACGAUGAUCCAGCUGCCCUGGCAGAGCGGGGUGGAGGGUAGGCCAGGGGCCCAGAGGGGGGUUGCCAGCCCACUACGGCCUCUCCACAGCUCUUCGUCUGUCCUGGUGCGCAUGUGCACCCGUGCGCGCACACACACAUGCACCCCUGGGGUGGGGUUUGCUCCUUGCACCGUUUUUUGUACAUGGAACUUUCCACCGCCGUUGGUCCCCCCAACUCUUUCUUCCCAUCCUGGGAGGGUGGCCUUCCCCCACCCCCGUCGCUCUGGGGUUAGACACAGUGCCGCUGUCGUGUGUGUUAUGUUGCUAGCUGUGUUUUGCCGUGUCCAGAACUUAGCGCCCCCACCACCACCACCACUCAGUGUUGCUGUGUGAACUCCCCUUUGUGGUCAUCUUUCUAGACAAAGCAACGCCUUGGCCCGCUCCAAGGGAACUUGGCCCCUCUCCCCUGGGGGAAGAGGGUGUGGCAGCCAGGUGGGUGGGUGGGGGGGGCCCUCUUGCUGGCUGCCCCAUUCUGCCAGAGGCUGCCGCACACGUUGGGGGGGGGGCUGCUGCCCCAACCCCUUUUUCUCCAGCUUUGCCUCCACCACUCACACCUUGUUUGCUCCAUUGCCUGCCCUUGGAGGGUGGCAAGCCUCUGCUGCUGGGCUGGGGGCAGGAGGCGAAAGCCAGCCGGCCUGCCCACUGGGUGGCUGGCAAGCAGGAAGGGAGAGGAGCAGGCUGGGCUCCAGGAAGCCACGGGGCAGAGCGCCUCUCAGCCCCAGAGGAGGGUUCAGGGCCAGGACGGAAGCUGCCAGACCUCGUUUCCCCACGUCAUGGUCCUGUGGUGAAGAGACCCCUCCCCCCCCCAGCAAAGCCAUGCAUGAUUUGGGACGCCUCCGACUGACCAAGCAGCUGGAGGGAGUCUUCUGGGGCAGGCCGCGGGGCUCCGUAAAGCCUGCUACGGCUUGGGAACCAUUUUGUGCCCGUGACAACCAAGGCAAGCAAAUAAA